CACACCUCUUCCUUGGCUCUCUCUCUUCUUGCCUUUAUCUGUUCAUCCUUGCUGAUCUACAGGGUGCCUCUGAAUCCCAAAGAGAUACUUAUAUAACACACUCAUCCAAUGGCCCAGACAGAUCUCAAGGUAGGGUUAUCUUCAUCUGCCCUUGCGCUAUGGGACCAGCUGCAGCAUGAGUUGUCCAGUGAAGCUUGUCGCGAGAAGCAAAAGAGCGCGAAUUUGGCUUCAAAGAUAGACACAAUAGAAGAAGAGCGAAAAGAAUUGGCCGAGACUGUCCAGAAACGGACACAGGAGUUAGAGAACAAGAAUCAGAUUGUCUGCCGUUUGGAGUUGCUGUAACCUAUUAUUACAAUUGCCCUUGCUACGCAAAUGUACGACUCUCUGAAUAGGAAAGCUUCUCAUGGUAUCUCCAAAAUGUGUUCCAUCACCUUCGAGACACCGUUCG